CUCUGCACGUCCAUCAAUCAAUUCACUCCCUCCUCCACCCUUUUUCACUCACUCUUCUCUUCCCCCCUCCAUGCUCCACUCCACUCCACUUCACUCGAUUCGAUCCCAUUCAGUCGCUGAUCUCAACCAUCUCAGUUUCACCACCCACCAGCAGCAUACAUAUCAUCAUGACCUUGCCACUCUCCUCAUUCGGCCCGGUAGUCGACUCUGGACACAACAACACCCUCAGCAAUGAUGAUAACCCUCACAGCAACAACACCCACUCCGACGACUACGAUACCUUCGAAAUCUUUGACCCCCGGGGACUCUUCUCACCAGCCACCAACCACCAUCAAGCACUCUCAUCGGAUAAUCUGCUCUGGCUCAAAAACCAGCAGGCCGGAUCACCCCAACCAGCUCCCUCACUCCAGUCAGCAUUCGGCUUCUCACUCCCACCCUGGUCGAUCGACCCUGCCCAUCCCACUCAGCCCAACAGCAGCAGCAACAACAACAACAGUACCACCACCACCACAACAACACCAGCAACAACCAAGACUAUCGACCACCUCAACUCUCCUCAACAUUCCUCACCCAGUUUCAGUCCACCCAACUCAUCCUUCAACCUGCCCCCAGAGUCUACCCCUCGGAUGAUCAGCCCUGUCGAAUCACCCAUCUCCCCAUGUAGUCAGCGUAUCUUGUCAUCCAAAAGAUACGAAAGGCUUGAGGAACGGUAUCGUAAAUUGUCACAUUUCUCCCCUCCAUCCAUACAAUGACACACACCCACCCUCCUUGGUCUAAUCUGUCUUCCUUGAGCAUCAACUCGCAUUAACCCUUUGACUUGUUCUCCUUCCCCUCCCACAGUCACUGCUCCAAUUUUGCCGCUCACCCCCCACCAGCCUUUCGAUGGAUCAAGCCGGCUCUCUCACUCGUGGUCGAUCACCCCCUCCGCGAUUCCUCUCCCAUUCUCAUUCUACUCCCUCGCCCUCCUCAUCCGCCACAUCCUCACCAUCUCCCUCCCACCACCCCGUACCCAUCAUGCAUCCUAUUCCCUCUCAUCCUCGUCAAAAUCCUGCUUGCACCCAUCAUCGACCGACCCCUAUCGUCACCUCAGGCAUUCGAGACUCAUCCUUACCAUCCCGGCUCUCCUAUCUGCGCUCGGACGACCGUCUUGAUUCUGUCUCCUCGCUCGCCUACUCUGACAUGGAUGCUUCGCCUGCUGUCAAUUUCCUAUCCGCUUUUGCUGAUGCGACCCUUCCUUCAAUUAGAACUGAGAUGUCUCCUAUUCCAACAGUGCCAUCCGAAGUUUUGGAGGAGGGUGACCAGGUGGCCGGCUAUAUCUUUGGUCCGAUCAUCGGUCGGGGUGGUUUCAGUGUGGUACGCGAGGCUCGUCAUCCAAUCACCGAGCAACGGGUAGCAGUCAAGAUCGUUCGAAGGUCUACCACUACCACCCUCCCCGGAUCACAGCACAAGCCUCGCUUCCCACCCCAGCCAGUCUCACUUCACGCUUCCAUUAGCUCUCGCGAUCGCUCCUCAUCGGUGGCCAUGACCGUCAACGGACACCUAGUUAACUCUGCCCAUCUACCCUUGCCCACCAGUGCUACCGAGGAUCUUGCGAAUGCGCUACUCAAACAGGAGAUCAGAGUCUGGUCGAACUUGAGGCCACAUCCCAACCUGGUGCCUUUGCUCUCACUCCACGAGACUCCUACCCAGACGUUGCUAUUCAUGCCCAUCUGUGAAGGCGGCAACCUGCUUCAACUGCUCAAUCAAGUCAAACUGAACCCCAACGAGCAAGACAAGCUAUACGAGCUAUUCAAUUGGCCAUCCUCUGAUCCAUCCUCGUCGCCAUCCCUUGGACAACCUGAUUCCUCCAUGUCGCCUGGCGGUCUCCGGUUGGAUCUUGUUCGACCGAUCUUUUGGCAAAUCGUCCAGGGCCUCAAGUAUCUCCAUACCGAGGCAGGUAUCGUGCACAAGGACAUCAAGUUAGAAAACAUCUUGAUUCAGAAGGGGCAGAUCAAAAUAUCCGACUUCGGUCUGGCCACUUAUCCAUCCCCUGGACGCCCCAUCGACACCUCCAGAAUGGGUAAAGGAAAAGCAUCAUCCAGUUGGAACCGAGAUCUGUCUCUUCCCAAAAACUUCAGCGCUCUGCCCCGAAUCAACGAAGGCCGGAUCUCUGGAAGCGUCGACCCCCGGACGCUAACCUGGAGUCAAUCUCAUCACAACCGCUCUCGACUCCCGCCCAAACUUGAUAACUCCAUGUUCUCAUCUCAGCCAGUCAAGGAGGUCGAUGACGAUGAUAUCAGUAGACAGGAAGAUGAUUCCCUCUCCUCGAUCAACAUGUUCCCCACUGCCGCCGGAUCAUUGGCUUACACCCCUCCGGAACAGUUAAGAUCUGAAACACCCUUGGCCUGUCCCUCCUUGGAUAUCUGGGCCCUCGGUUGCGUCUUGUAUGGUCUCCUGGAGGGGCAUCUCCCAUUUGAGGAUGACUUUGAGCCGAGGUUGAGACUGAAGAUCAUGAAUGGACAAUUUGAGUUCCCAGGAACAUUGGUAGUCAAACCGGAUGAAACGAGUGAGACAGACGGGGAGCAGAAAAUGAUGGUCGCCAAGGUGCUCAAAGGCUGUCUAGCGGUCGACAGGAACAGUCGAUGGAUGAUUUCCGAGAUCGUUAGCUCGUCUUGGCUGGAGCGACACCAGACGCCGGUCCACAGUCGGGGUGGGACGAUGAGCGACGACUCGGGCCAGUCGUCUUCAGAGGCUCCCCUCGACGAACUUUCAAUGUCCAAACGGUCCGCCUCUAUCAGCUCAAGCGCCGCCUCGGCCUGGUCGAUAGAAGAGCUCUCGCUCGUUCCUGGCGCGGAGACCUGCACCAACGAUAGACCAUCCAGCCCCUCGGGAUCGGACAAAGACGACUUGGUGAUUGGAUCGUGUCCUGCUGCCUUCCAGGCCAUCCUGCCUCUCUGUGCUAGCUCUGACAACUCAGCAUCCCCUUUGCUCAAUGAGAACGAACUCAUGGACCUCCACUCACUAUUGACCAACGUCCCCUCCGGAUCAUCACCCUCCUCUCCCCUCUCUCCCCCUCCUUCCACAGGCCUCGACCGCCCCGCUCGUUCCAGACGACGCACAUCCGGCUUCGACAGGCACCAUCAUAUCAAUCGCAUCCAACACCCCAUCCCCAGGGCCUCUCCUCCCGUCCCCCUCCCUUCUCACUCUCGCUCCAGAUCCAGAAACCGCAGCCCAUUUUGCCCUCCUAAAUGAUCCUCCUUUCUGCUCUCUCAUUCCCCUCCCGCCUUUAUUUGAAAACUUCCAUCUCUCUAACCCAGCUCUCUUACCUAUUGAUCUACCUCAAAUCCCCCCUCAUCCCAACUUCGAUCAAAUCACCACUUAUCUUUCUUUGCGCUUGACCCUCUCUCUCUCUCUCUCUUCACAUCACCAUCACCUCUCUUUCUUCAACCCACCACCCUGGCUUACCCCCAAAAAAGCUCUUGACUGCCUUUGUCAUGAGUUGUGCAUCCCUUGUCUUCUUUUUUCUCUUCACUUCUUUUUGGUUCACUUUUUUUCUUUCCAUGUC